AUGGACAAUCAUGAGAGCCACCUUGGGAGUAAAACUCUGAAUUUGGCUAAGGACAAUGGAGUCAUUCCAGUCACACAUCCACCACAUUGUAGUCAUAGACUGCAGCCACUGGACAUAUCAGUAUUUGCGCCAUUUAAGGCGAAUUAUAAUACUGCAGUUGUCUCUUGGCUUUUGCAUGAUCCGGGUAAUCCGUUAUCCAUUUACGAAAUUGCUGCUUGUGUUGGAAUAGCAUUCGAACGAUCUAUGACUCCGUCCAAUAUAAAAUCAGGCUUCAAGAAGGCCGGAAUUUACCCUUUCGACAAAAAUGUCUUUACGGACGACGAUUUCCUGUUACCGAUAGGGAAUUUUUAA